UGUUUACACAAACAGUGCAUUGGAUUUGCGGUCAAAUCACUCACGAGUGGACACCUAUUGUCUCAUUGACUGGCAAACCAUUGAUUGUUACCACAGAUGACCACUCGAUCACUCGUACCAUACAUUCACUGACCACUCCAUCACACCUAUCGUCCGAUUGAUGGCAAACAUAUUGAUGUUCGUCUUGUAUUGAGCGCCAACUCAUCACUCAAUUGAUUGCAUCAGACAAUGGAUACCAUGGAUGACGAUUCGGUACGUCUGGUGGUGUUGGGCGAGGCGUCGAUGCUGUCGACGGCUAUACUGCGGGCCAACCAGAGGGGCACCGCU